AUGCAGGAGCAGAGGCUAGACCUCAUCAAUACGCUGAACGAGGUGACAGAAGGCAAGAUUUUUGUGGAGGUGGAGAAGGCACGCCUCACUUCGAUGUUGGCCAACAUGAAGGAGGAGGAGGGCAAGGUGGACGAAGCAGCGAGCCUGAUCCAAGAGGUUCAGGUGGAGUCCUUCGGAGCUAUGGAACGGCGCGAGAAGACAGAGUACAUCCUGAAUCAGAUGCGCCUGGUCCUGGCGAAGAAGGACUUCGUCCGGACCCAGAUCAUCAGUAGGAAGAUCAACCCGAAGCUCCUCGACGCAGAUGACUUCCAGGACUUGAAGAUCCGAUACUACGAGUACAUGAUCAGAUACUGGCUGCACGAGGGAAAGUUCUUGGAUGUCGCCAAGUGCACCCUGGCGAUCUUCAACACGCCCUCGGUCAAGUCCGACGAGUCCAAGUGGAUAGAGUGGCUUACGGCCUAUUGCAUCUACCUGGUGCUGUCUCCUUAUGACAACGAGCAUGACGACAUGCUCCAAAAGCUGGAUAGCCUUGAAGGCAAAAAGCUAGACAAGGUUCCGACGUACAGGAACUUGAUCAGGAUCUUCAUGAAGAAGGAGAUCGUGAACUGGCCCCUCGCCAAAGAGGAGGAGCUGAAGAAGCACGCAGUCUUCCAGGACUCGCCCCACGAGGGCGCCAAGGAAAGAUGGGAGCUGCUGAAGAAGCGCGUGGUGCAGCACAACAUCAAGGUCGUGUCAGAGUAUUACGAGCAGAUCCACACGAAAAGACUCUGCGAGCUCGUCGGCCUUGGGGACAAGGAGACCGAGGAGGAGUUGUCCGAGCUUGUCUGCUCGAAGUUCGUGUAUGCGCGCAUUGACCGUCCUGCGGGCACCAUCAAAUUCGGUAAAAAGCAAACCUACAUAGAUCGGCUGAACAGCUGGUCUGACAACAUCACGAAGAUGCUGGAUCUGGUCGAAAACACCAGUCAUCUCAUCCAGAAGGAGCAGAUGGUUCACGCCGCGAGGGCCAAGCUAAAGAGCAAGAAGUAG